GUGGUGUGCGCUAAAUGUUCGGGUCAGAAGGCGGCGCUGGCCUACGACGGUGGCCGACCGGGCCGCGUCUGCGACACGUGCCGCCGGCAGCUGGCCGCUGAGGAUGCGGGAGACACCGGUCCCACCCGCCAGGGCGUGCUGGACACCAGCUACACUCGCGGCAAGGGUCUGCUGGAUGUGGCUGCCACCGAGCCAAGCCUGCAGAGCGGCGAGCUGCAGCUGCGCUGUCGGCGCUCCUGGCUGCGGCGCUGGUUUGCUCUGCGCGCAAACUGCGCGCUCUUCAUGUACGAAAGUGGUGGCGACCGCGCGGCGCUGGCGGCCGUCCCCGUCCCGGGCUUCACGGUCACGUGGGCAGGGGCGGGCAAGGCCGAGCCAGGUCUGACAGAGAAGGAACGGGAGCGCGCCUUCAAGCUCACCCUAGGCAAGAGGAACUAUACACUGAUGGGAGACAGCAAGGAGGAGGUGGCUAGAUGGAUUGCCGCCCUGCAGAAGGCCUCGCGGACAGAGGUCCUCGCCUCAUCAACGGCUACACUGUGACCCUCAGGGUCACGGACAGAGGACCCUUCGGGCACGCCAUAGUAAAUAUCAUGAUAAUGCAGUCACCCACAAACGUCAUGUUAGUGAGCGAUUAUCAGAGUAUUUAAGGCCUUGAUUCUUUCUUGCGAUAUUAUAAGUUCACAUCAACGCAACCAAUUCUUCAGUUGCGCCGCGGAUCACCGCUUGUCUAGUCUUCCACAUGUUUAUGUUUUUUCCGCAUUGGUGCUGUUGCUGUCACGUCCCAGGAUAAACUGAUGAAACGUACGAAGCUUUCGAACGAGUGAUCGAAUGAACAGAGAGCAGGCGAUGUGCUAACAUUGAAUACCCAUGUGACUGACAUGUCUCACUUCCAUCAUUGUCGUGAGCUGAUUAAACGCAUCCGUCUAGUGUAUAGGUGUGGUUUGUAAGGAUACCUGCCCGUUUUAAAAAGCAUCGUCCAAAAAAGAAAAACGAAAACCCCAACAUGUGAACACGGAAUCGAUCUUUCAAGGUGUCGUUUUUAGUACUGAAACAAUCACCAGAAAUGAGAAAAUGCUUCGACGUGCGUGUAUGACAAUCACCGUGACAAGAACUGCAAAGUUUUAACGCUGCGUUAUGAAGAUAUGUUGCCCGCCGGCUCAAAAUGGCUAUAUCUGAAUGAAAUGGAUCAAAGUAAAUCGCUUCCAAUUUGCCAAAUAUGAGUGCCCGUGAGGCCGUUCGUUAAUAUAAAUCCCACUAAUAUGACACCAUACGCAUACGGUCUACCGGGCAGUAGUGCAUACUGAAUCCUUUGGAUAAAAUAUUCAAUAUCCGAGUCAAACACGGCGACAUUUCAGUCUGCAGUUUUGCGAAACGCAUCCUCGCUUUAUCACUAAAUCGCGGAUAAACGUGUCCGCCAGUUAGUCAUAGAUAUAGCCGUAAACGAACCGACAUCCCGUUUCCUCUCGAGGGCUGUUAUUUCACUUUCGCCUAUAUGCCACCAAAUAUUAGUGUAAUCAUAUAUUUUAUCUGUAGUUCCAUAGUACUCGCCAGCUGCAGCCUAAAAUAUGGCAAUCAAAAGCGCUAUCGGUGUUGAAGGCAUCAUGUGAUUCACCUAUGAAACAAACGCUCAAUGUCGGGGGCACGGCUCAGACCCGUUUGAAAACAACGACUAUGCGUUAAGUUUCGUUCAAAUAACCGAACUCCAGCAGCGUUAAUCAGCGUUAAGAAUCGACUAGUUUUUGGACGGGGUGAGUGGGUACUGUUGUGACGUGUUGGCGACUGGCGACUCGCACAUGCGUUGGUUGUCGUCUGUGCUGUGCACAGGCUGAGCGUGGGGCAGGCGGUCUGCACUUCGACAUUUGAACUGCCAUCAGUGCGUCGCGAGUGAUAAAUAUCUGUGCACUUUUUCUUGCAUAUUCGUUUCCACUGUUCAUAGCCAGUUCAUGACGCUUGAGGACCGUACUUUCAAGACUGUAGCCUAUGUCAUAUCCAAAUACAAUGUUCAGUC